UUACGAGUAGGUGAGCAGAGAAGGCGUGGGCCUGGAGAGAAGCAGGCAGACAGAGAGGAGUAGACAGAGGGGUGAGGACGCUGAGAGGAGCUGACGGAGCAUUAAUGAGAUACUGGCUGCUUAGAGUUACAGGGAUGCAGUUUUAGCCAUAAUCCACCACUGUUUUCAAGGCGUGAUUUGUGGACUCGAAAGCGCACAAAAACUUGGAGCAAUUUCGCAAUUGAAAACAAGCUUGAGUGGAUUAAUUUAUUUUCAAAUAUGGGCUUGGAACGAUUUCGCGUAAAGACGCCGGGAGUAGUAGCCCUUCUUGCACGCUCACUCCUUUGUAUCAGCGGGCUAUUACUAACUUUUUCUCCGCCUGUCUGCGAGGCUUUCAACUUGGACGUGGAGAACACAGCUGUUUACAGCGGACCUAACGGGAGCUACUUCGGAUACGCUGUUGACUUUUAUUUGGCUGAUUCUGCCAGUGCGAGUGUGGUGAUAGGAGCUCCAAAGGCCAACACAAGGCAGGUCAACGUCACAGAGGGAGGAUCCGUCUUCUACUGUCCAUGGAGCCUCAGCCAAUCAGAUUGUCACGCCAUCGAGUUUGACGCUGAAGGGGAUCGCACCGUCUUUCUCAACGACACAGAACAACAGGUUGACUUCAAGUCCCACCAAUGGUUCGGCGCCACUGUGCGUUCUCACGGUGACACAAUUCUGGCUUGUGCCCCUCUCUACUCCUGGCGAACUGAAAAGGAUGUCCCCCGUUCUGACGCUACAGGAACCUGCUACCUCUCAGUCCACAAUUUCACUAAAUUUGUGGAGUACGCUCCCUGCCGCACAGAGAUCGGUGAUGCAGUGGGACAAGGCUACUGUCAGGGGGGAUUCAGUGCUGACUUCACUACGGAUGGCAAAGUGGUAUUGGGAGGGCCAGGCAGCUACUUCUGGCAAGGUCAGGUGAUCUCUGCAGCUAAGGAGGACAUUAUCAAAGCAUACUACCCAGGCUAUUUCAUGCAGUCUGUGGAGGGCCAAAUCCAGACCAGACAGGUCAAAGCUGAACAUGAUGACAGCUACCAAGGCUACUCCAUCGCUGUUGGGGAAUUCAGUGGUGAUCAGACGGAAGAUUUUGUGGCUGGUGUUCCAAAAGGACUUAUGCUUUAUGGUUCGGUGUCUAUUCUGAACGGUACGGAUCUGAAGACCAUAAUUAACUACACUGGCGAGCAGAUGGGAUCAUACUUUGGAUAUGCAGUGGCAACGACUGACAUCAACAGUGAUGGGAUGGCUGACCUGCUGGUGGGAGCUCCUAUGUUCAUGGUCCGGGGCUCUGAUGGACGCCUGGAAGAGAUGGGCCGGGUCUAUGUUUACCUACAGCGGGGCCCCCUGGACCUGCAGCUCCGCCUACCUCACCUGACAGGCACCCUGGUGUUUGGGAGAUUUGGCAGCACCAUUGCCCCAUUGGGGGAUCUGAACCAGGAUGGUUUCAAUGAUGUGGCUAUCAGCUGUCCAUUUGGAGGGGAGGAUCGGCAGGGACUGGUCUACAUCUAUAAUGGAUACUCAGAAGGACUCAGGGAAAAGCCAUCUCAGGUGAUCAGUGGCCAGUGGGCUGCUGGAGCUAUUCCUUCCAGCUUUGGGUUUGCUCUCAGAGGUGCCAAGGACCUGGACAUGAACGGAUACCCAGAUCUCAUUGUUGGUGCUUUUGGUGUCAAUAAGGCGGUUCUUUAUCGAUCCCGGCCAAUCGUCAACACCAGUGCCUCUCUGACAGUUUACCCCACCAUGAUCAACCCUGAAGAGAAGAACUGCAUAAUCACCAACGGAAACACCAGCAUUUCUGUUUCUUGUGUCAACCUGAGUUUCUGCAUAUCUGCUGAUGGGAAGCACCUACCAGACGUCCUAGAUUUCCAGGUGGAGGUGCAGCUUGAUAGUAACAAGCAGAAGCAGAAAGGGGCAGUGAGGAGGGCUCUGUUCUUGGAUUCCCAGCAGCCCUUGCUUCAGGGGAGUGUGAGGGUGCGCCAUGGGAAGCGCAUAUGCAACAACACCCAGAUCUACCUAAGAGAUGAGAAAGACUUCAGAGAUAAACUCUCCUCCAUUUAUGUGGCCUUGAACUUCAGCUUGGAUCCGAAAGCUGCUGCUGACUCCCACGGCCUGCGGCCCAUCCUCAACUAUCAGACCACCAACACAAUUGAACAGAAGGCUCAGAUUCUGUUGGACUGUGGAGAGGAUAACAUCUGUGUUCCGGACUUGAAGCUGGCAGUUCACGGGAACAGGAAGGAAGUCUACCUAGGUGAUGACAACUCGCUGACCUUAACUUUCAACGCCAGGAACGAGGGCGAGGGAGGGGCGUACGAGGCUGAGCUGUAUGUGGUGCUGCCCCCGGAAGCUGACUACAGCGGCAUUGCCCGCAAUAAUGAGAGCCUGACCCAGCUCACCUGCAGCUAUGAGACGGAGAACCAGACCCGAUACCUCAGCUGUGAUUUGGGCAACCCGAUGAAGUCUGGCACCAGUCUGUGGGCAGGUCUGCGCUUCACAGUGCCACGGCUGAAGGACACGCACAAAACUGUUCAGUUUGAGCUGCAGAUACGCAGUAAAAAUGAGAAUAAUUCCCACAGUGAGGUUGUGCCGUACAAGCUGGAGGUGGUUGUUCAGGCUGAUGUCAUUCUACACGGUGUGUCUCGACCAGAUAAGGUUUUCUUCCCGCCGGCCAACUGGAAGGUGACCAAAAACUAUGGGGUGGAGCAGGACGUCGGGCCUGUAGUGGAGCACAUCUAUGAGCUGGUGAACAAUGGGCCCAGCCAGAUCAGCCACACCCUGCUGGAGCUCCGCUGCCCCCUCAGAGUCCAGGGUCAAACCCUUCUUUACCCUCUGGAGUUCUCCACAGAAGGCCCCAUCAACUGCACCUCCGACAAAAACAUGAACCAUCUACGCCUCAAACUCCAGCAUACAUCCACAGAGCCACCCAUCCUGGCACUGAAGGGACAUGAGCACCGUGUCGAGAGGAGGGACGUCCACAGGAAUCAGCUCGCUCAUUUGACUAACCUGUCUUGCUCUAAUACAGAGUGCUGGACGCUCCAGUGCACCGGGGGUCUGCUGGACAAGGGGACGACUGCUAUCCUCAAAGUGCGCUCCCGCAUCUGGGCCGAGACCUUCACCGAGAGAGCUUACAAGCAAUAUGUGCUGGAGUGCCUGGCCAGAUACAGUGUGGAGAAGAUGCCUUAUGCCAUCUUACCCAAACAUGCUCCCAGUGGACACAAAAAGGUGGUGACCCCAGUGGUGUGGAAUAAACCGGAUAUUGAGAACACUGUUCCUCUGUGGAUCAUCAUCUUGGCCAUUCUGGCUGGUUUGCUGCUUCUAGCUCUACUCAUCUAUGUCCUAUACAAGUUUGGCUUCUUCAAGCGCUCUCUACCUUACGGCACCGCCAUGGAGAAAGCUCAACUCAAACCACAGGCUGCCUCGGAGGCCUAAAAGGACAAGCAGAGCUACCAGAACCACAGUACCUGGCCAUAUGAUUGCAACGGAGAAACACGACGGGACAUGUAGAGUGGAUCAGAAAGCAGUCGAAGAGUUAAGAGAGAGACACCACUGGAACUCCACUGUGCUGCACUAGAGGAAGACAAAAAUCCAAAGAUCUCCAAAUGAUUGUUUUUUUCUUUUCUUUUCUUUUUUAACUUAUGUCUUGUUGGUUGGCAGAUUGGGAUCGUUACUAAAUAGAACUUUCUCCUCAUUGCCUUAAGGCUAAUGUUGGACUCAACAAC